UUCAAGUGCACAGAUCGAACGGGUGCUCAGGUGCGAAGAAGACAAUUGUAUUCAAUAACAUUAUUAUGUCAACGUAUCUGACUGGUUCUUUGAAAAUAUAUAUGAAAUGCACAUUUUGUGUCAAAAGUUGAGUUCGCAAAGGAUUAAUUAAGCGAGGACGUUUGGAUAAGACUCAGAAGUGAUACAUAUCUUCAAUAUUCUGCCAGUGCCCUCUGAUGAUAUAAAAAGCUGCUGCAGGUUUGUUAGAGGAAAGGGUGAAAAAGAGGAAGCGAUGGCAGAGGGUAAAGCGGACAGUAACUGUAAUGGCAGCCCUGGGGGUGCUGGCGCUGGCCAUUUCACCAAACGGUUCCAGAGGUCGCUCAGCCGGGCCCAGGAGAAGGUAUUGCAGAAACUGGGGAAGAGUGCAGAGACCAAAGAUGAAGAGUUUGACCUGUGUGUCCAGAAUCUGGUCAAACAGCAGAGCGAUGGGAACAGAUUAUUCAAAGACCUGAAAGCAUUCUACCUCUCUGUGAAAGCGAUGCGUGAGGCCGCCAAACGCCUGUCCCAAACCUUGCUGGAUAUCUACGAGCCUGACUGGGUAGGGGAUGACGAUCUGCCUGCAAUCGUGGAGGGUGAGGACCUCCUGUGGAGCGACUACGAGGAAAAGCUGGCAGACCAAGUCAUUCGCACCAUGGACACAUAUAUGAGCCAGUUCCCAGACGUCAAGGAACGUGUGGCCAAACGGGGCAGAAAGCUGGUGGACUACGACUCCUCUCGCCACCACCUGGAGGUGGUACAAAAUGCCAAGAAGAAAGACGAGGCCAAAAUAGCAAAGGCUGAGGAGGAGUUCACCUGCUACCAGAGUGUGUUUGAGGAGAUAAACACAGAGCUGAGGCAGGAUCUUCCAGUGCUCUACCAAAGUCGAAUCGGAUGCUAUGUGACAGUCUUUGAGAACAUCUCCAGCUUACAGGAAGUCUUCUACAAGGAAAUGAACGCAUUCAACAGUGACCUCCAUUGCAUGAUGAAGAGCUUGGAGACUCAGCACUCCGACAAGGUGUUCAUCAUCAAAGGAUUACAACGGUCGGCCUCCAAAAACAUAAAAAAGAGACGAUCCUUCAGGAUUUCCUCUCCCUUCCAGAGUAGCACACUCUUCCCUGCUCUGGACCAGAGCUUCAGCCCCGUCCGCAAGCCCAAGGCCAGCAGCUCCAGAGAAACCCUGGAGCCCGGGACGCCAGCCAGUGAGCAAGCGGAGGGGACCCAAACUCCGCCCACUGAGGAAGCGGGGCCCGGGGCUGAGACCCUGAGCGAGAAGCCGGAAGAAGAGGAAAUGGAAGAGGAUGAGAAAAAGGAAGAAGAUCCCACCUCUGAUCAGCCGGACCAGAACUCUUCGACCAGUGCCUCUCCUUCCGCAGACCCGGAUGCUGCUGAGACCCUCGUCGUGAAUGGCACUCAGGAAGACCCCCCGGCACCGCUCGCAACCCCCGAGGACCCGGAGCCGAAGGGGGCGGAUACGGGAGACGCCACCAGCAACUCAGGAAACUUGCAGAAUGGCCCUGAUGCCAACACCGAAGUCCUCAAGGGAGAGGUCUCGCAGGAUAUGGAGGAGCUGCACAUCCGGGAGGAAGAGCCUCAGGCCAAGAGCAUUGCGACUGAAGAGGAGAAGAGCCCCCUGGUCCAAGAAGUGGGUCCUGAGGACCCCAGCAGGGAUGUCCCGCUGGAACAAGCCCAGGCGGUCCAGGCUCCGUGA